CCCUCAGGUUGCUAUAAACACGUGAGGGCGUUCCUAGUACAUUUCCCACUCUGUCAUGUCAGCUUUUGUUUUUUUAGUUUGCUUCAUCUCUCCGAGGGAAUUUAAAGUUAAGUUUCUUAAAGGAAACAGCAGAAGCCUUUGACAGCCCCAGCUGACUUGACAAGACUAACCUGUGGUGGAAUUAAGCAAAGUACAUUCACUCAAGUACUGUACUUACUGCAACCACCCCAUACAAACAUAAUGGCUGACCCAUGGCAGAAUGCAUAUGACUUUGCUGUUCAAGUGGCAAGAGCUGCUGGAGCGGUGAUCAGGAACGCCGGGGAGGAUGAAAUAAAGGUCCAGACAAAGAGCUGCGCUGUAGACCUUGUCACUCAGACUGAUGAGAGGGUGGAGAAAAUCAUCAUCGGGUCUCUUAAAGAACAAUUUGGAAAUGGCACACACUGUUUCAUUGGAGAAGAGUCAGUCGCAGAGGGGGAGCCAUGUAUCUUAACUGACAAACCUACAUGGAUUAUAGUCCCUGUGGACGGCACCACCAACUUCGUGCAUGGAUUCCCGUUCGUGGCUGUGUCUAUUGCCUUUGCUGUCAAUAAGGAGUUGGAGUUUGGUGUGGUGUACAGCUGCUUGGAAGACAAGAUGUAUAAAGCAAGGAAAGGGAAGGGAGCUUUCUGCAAUGAUGAACCGAUUAAGGUGUCCGAUGUAAACGACAUCAAUAAGUCCAUUAUCAUCUCUGAGCAUGGAACUGACAGGAGCAUAGAAAAGGUAACCAAGAUCUUCUCAACCAUGCAGAAGAUCCUCCGCAUCCCAGUGCAUGGGCUGCGUGGGUCAGGGACAGCUGCCACUAACAUGUGUCUGGUGGCGUCGGGGGCGUCGGAGGCCUUCUUUGAGAUUGGGAUCCAUUGCUGGGACGUUGCUGCUGGAGCGGUUAUAGUCAAAGAAGCCGGCGGACUAGUGCUGGAUGUUGAUGGUGGGGGGCCGUUUGAUUUGAUGUCUCGAAGGAUGGUUUCAGCAAACAACAAGGUUAUUGCUGAUCGGAUCAUCAAGGAAAUUGAAAUAUUCCAAGUGGUGAGGGACGACGCUCCGAUACAGAAGAAAUGA